AUGGCUCCUCAUCAAGACGUACCCUCACCGGCAGGCAGUUUCACAGCCGGCUUCAACAGAGACUCCUUCCGGCCCAAUACUGCUUCGAACCUCAAACUCGGCAGCCUAGCGGCCGCCGAGUCGCAUUCCCCUCUCAGCAGUUCAUACGACAGUACAUCGCUUGGUGUAGAUCUCCAUGGAACCCGACCGCUUGUUCCCGGAGUCUACGUACCGACCAUGUGCUUCUUCGAGCCUGGUACAGAGAACGUAGACAUUGACACCAUCGCACGCCAUGCUGUACGACUCGCCCAAGCCGGUGUCACCGGCCUUGCCACGCAGGGGUCCAACGGGGAAGCAGUUCAUCUCACUCACGCCGAACGCCAGCUCGUUACGGCAACUACUCGGCAAGCCCUCAACGAUGCUGGCUUUUCUCACAUGCCCAUCAUCGUAGGCUGCGGAAGUCAGAGCACCCGCGAGACCGUACAGUACUGUACUGAAGCCUGGGCUGCUGGUGGAGACUACGCCCUUGUGCUUCCCCCAUCUUACUACUCCGGCCUGUUUGCACCAUCGUCAGAAACCAUCUUUGAGUACUUCAACGCCGUGGCAGAUUCAUCGCCUAUUCCGCUCAUAAUCUACAACUUUCCAGGUGCGGUUGGAGGUCUAGACCUAUCUUCCGACGUCAUUGUUCAAUUGUCUCAACACCCCAACAUUGUCGGCGUCAAGCUUACAUGCGGAAACACGGGCAAGUUGAACCGCGUUGCCAGCUCCACAAGGAAGUUGGCCAAGGACCCUAACGCCAAGGUUCCCGAAUUUCUUGUCCUGGCCGGCUCGGCCGACUUCUCGAUUCAAUCUCUGGUAGCCGGAGGACACGGCAUCCUUGCGGGUCUGGCCAACAUUGCUCCCAAAGCUUGCAUCAGAACCAUUGAGCUUUACCAAGAGGGCAACUACCAAGAAGCUCAGGAUAUGCAGGAGAUCGUAUCACAUGGUGACUGGACUGCCAUUCAAGGAGGAGUUGUCGGUGUGAAGGCUGGUCUUCAAGCAUGGUUGGGCUAUGGAGGCGUCGCCCGGAGCCCCUUGCCAAAGCCAACGAUUGAACAGAUGAAAAAGUGGAAAGAGGGGUUCCGGGAUCUCGUUGUCCUUGAAAAGUCCUUGUGA